AUGUCAUCAGAUAAUGGCUGUGAUAAUUGCAAAAUAGAUGGUGUAUGACAAAGCAAAGAAAGAUGUCAAAGACCUAUCUGGCUAGCAUCAAUAAUAGUAGCUGCAAUAAUUCUCUUAAUUGUAACAGCAGUCUUAUUACGAUAUCUUUGAAGACAAAAGAAAGUCAAAGAGGACCUUAAAGAGCUUGUAAAAUAUAAGUAAAAUGAUUUAAAAAGGCAGGAGCCAAAAAUAAGAGUACACCUCGAAAUCUACAUUCCCAAUUUAAUAGUCAAAGUAUUGAAAAUGAAGUACAUCAUAGUACAAUCCUAAACAGGACACAUAAUGAAUUAAUGCUUACAGGGAAAGGAAAAGAAAGACCGAGGGAUAUCCCUACCAUUUUUGAAGACAAUGAGCAAAUAAACAUCGGCCAGACUUACGAAAACAGGAAUACAAUAUUAUGAUUCGAAAACCAGGGAGAACUCAACACAAUCCAGACCUCUAAAAUGUAUAACUCAGAUAUUCUCUUCACUAAUCCAAAAUUUGGACAUCCGAGGAUAAAACCUUGGGCAAAGCAUCCUACAAAGAAGGGUGUGAAAAUACUCAAUGAGGACUUAAAAAUAUUCGAAAAAGAGAGCAGAGAAGAGAGUAAGCAUCGCUCUGAUCAAACUCUGAGCGAGCUCCAUCAUUCAAAUGAAGAUUACAAUCACAUGUGAAUGAUAAACGUGGAUAGAUCAAAUAACAUUUUCGAAAGAAGAGAGUCUUUACACUCAGACUUGGAGGAAAAUAAGUCCAGAAUAUAACUAAGAAAGUCAUUAGAAGAAGACAAAGGAAA